AUUGCUUUCUAAAAAGGGGAAAAAAAUCAUUUUCUUUGCUUUUGUUUUAUUUUCACCGGGAAAAUGGAAACCGAUGUCUUUCUUCUUCACCAAAUCCAAUGGAAUCAACAAGGCAACUCAGUUGAGUCAUGAAGAUACGAUCUUCGAGGGCUUUGUCCUCUGUCUUAAUGGGUUUUGAAGAAUCGUUGAAGAUUUGGAGAAACAUGGACCAUAAAUCCACUGUGAAACCGAGGGUCCAUUUUGCGUUUUCUGCAAUUAUUUGAUUCCUAUAUGUGUAUAAAUCAUCUUCCCUUGGAGAAAUCUGAAAACCAUUCUUUGCGUCGGCCUGUAUAGAAGAGGAUGGCAAAAGGGUUCACGCUCGUUGCCCUCAGGGCAUUGAUGAUUUCCAUAUUCCUCGGCUGGAUUUCGCUUUGGAUCCUUAGACCCACGAAUCUAUGGACGCGAGCUUGGCGUCAGGCUGAAGAGGCCAUGAAGCAUACGUUCUUCGGCUACUAUGGUCUCAAUUUCGUCGUAUUGUCAUUUCCCGUCGUUGCUAUUUCAAUGAUAGGAUUGAUUUACCUGAGUUUUCCGCCACAGAAUCUGCGAAAUCGAGGAAACGUGGAGCCGCAAAUCUCGGUCUCGAAUCCAAUAAUCAUCAGUCAGUUCAUUGGGAUCGUUUCUUGCUUCGAGCUCGUUGCCCUUCUACUGUUCUUGUUGCUUCUUGCGUGGACCUUCUAUGCCCGCAUCUCUAACGACUUUAAGAAACUGAUGCCGGUAAAAUCCAUGAAACUAGAUCUAUGGCAGUUGAAGUACCUAAGAGUUGCUACUAGGUUCGGUUUGUUAGCCGAGGCAUGUCUUGCUCUUCUUCUACUUCCUGUCCUGAGAGGACUCUCGGUGUUCCGGUUAUGGAACAUUCAGUUCGAAGCCUCUGUAAAAUAUCAUAUAUGGCUCGGGACUGCGAUGAUAUUCUUCGCCAUGUUUCACGGUGGAAGCAUCUUGUUCAUCUGGCUUGUUAGCCAUCACUUCGAAGAUGAGCUUGUAGAACAGAUAUGGCGGUGGCAGAGAACGGGACGGAUAUAUCUCGCUGGUUUGAUUGCUCUCGUCAUGGGAUUACUGAUGUGGAUCACAUCGCUUCCCCAGAUUCGGAGGAAAAAAUUUGAAGUGUUCUACUACACUCACCAUCUGUACAUAAUCUUCCUUGUGUUCUUCCUGUUCCAUGCCGGUGAUCGCCAUUUCUAUUGGGUUCUCCCUGGAAUAUUUCUCUUCGGCCUCGACAAGGUGCUUCGAACUGUACAAUCAAGAACAGAGAGCUACGUCCUCUCGGCGAGUUUAUUCCCAUGUAACGCUAUCGAGCUUGUCAUACCGAAGGUCCCAAGUCUAACAUAUGCUCCCUCGAGUGUUAUAUUCAUGAACGUACCGAGCAUUUCUCGAUUUGAAUGGCAUCCAUUUAGUAUCACAUCGAGCUCGAUCUUAGACAGACACACGAUGUCUGUUAUGGUGAAAUGUGAAGGAGGGUGGACAGAAUCUCUUUAUAAUAUGGUGCAGGCAACACUAGGCUCGGGUAACGAUCAGAAGACUAACAUACGAAUACGAGUAGAAGGACCUCAAGGACCUGCCUUGGUAGAUUUCCUCAGGUACGAGAAUAUGCUUCUAGUAGCAGGAGGGGUCGGGAUUACUCCAUUUCUGAGCAUUUUGCAGGAAAUCGCUUGCGUGAGCAGCAAACCCGGAUUCAGAUACCCCAAGAGAAUGCAACUGUUGUUUGUGGUCAAGACAUGCCAAGACAUUAGCAUGUUGAUACCGAUAUCUUCUAUACUCUCGAAACCUAUCGACGUUCAUCUCAAGUUAAAAGUUUACGUCACCCGAGAGAAGCAUUCAACCUCGACGUUGAGGGAACUCUUGAGCCGAUCCGUAGUUCAGACCGUUUGUUUUGGACCGGCUGGCUGCUCGGGAUUCCCCGUUCUUGGCCCUGAAAGUUCCCGAUGGCUUGCCACGUUACUCGGGAUAACUGUAAUUGCAUUUAUUAUCGCUCUGAUCGGUUUGAGCCAUGUCUUGAUACCAGCAGAAAAGAUGAAGAACGUUGCAGGGUCUAUGAAAUUGGUAGCUUCAGGAGGAAACAAGAUAGCGAAAGAGAAAAGUCCCUCAUGGGUUGCUGAUUUGGUUAUCAUUGCAUCUUACUUCAUAGCCUUAACAAUAGCCGGUCUUCUCGCAACUAUCCAACAUCGGAGACAACGACAAAGACAGAGAGAUACGCUAAACAUGUCGUCUGCGGAAGAACAGAAAGCCAGAGACAGAAACUUGAUCGAAUCAACGAGUGCCCAUGUCGACGAACAUGAGAUCCAUUGUGGAGAAAGGCCAGAUUUUGAAGAGAUUUUUUCGGAGUUCCGGAAGGAAUCAAGAACAUCAAAUGCAGGAGUGUUGGUGUGUGGACCAGAAUCUAUGAAGCAAUCAGUUGCAUCAAUGUGCCGCAAAACAUCAGAGUGUUUCAUCGGAGAUGGUCAGAGAGGAACAGACAUGAAUCUCAGUUUCCAUUCUCUUAACUUCAAUCUCUAAUCUCUCUCUCUGUCCUUGAAACCUAAAAACGCUGAAGUUAGAAAGGUUAUCAGGCAAUAAACAUCAUUCGAUUUCUGUAAUUUUCUGUGUUUUGUAUCUUCUCUCAUGAAUCAAAUACCAAAGGUUA